AUGCCAAGAACCAGUAUAAAAGAAGAGAUGAAGCGCUGUAAGAAGGCUCUUGUGGAAUCUUUGGCGAUUGGUAGUCGGAUGCCAGUCGAAGAAUUGACCCCCAGGCAGCUCAAACAGCUGGAAAAGCAAGAAAGGCGCAAGAAAUAUGCAGAUCUGGCCAUCCAAGGCACAAAUAACUCGUCUAUUGCAUCAAAGAGGUCCGUAGAGCUCCUGUACUUACCAAAGCUAAGUGAAGCCGCGGGCAGUGGCAAGCCACCGCGGGAGUAUUUCAAAUACUUCGUUAGGAAGUCUCCCAAGCGCUCACCAUGCAUCAAUCGCGGCUACUGGCUGAGAUUGCACGCCAUAAGGUCCCGACUGGACUCAAUUGUUGAAGGUACACAUGAUGAUAUUGUGGUGGUGAACCUCGGAUGCGGUUUUGAUCCGCUGCCGUUCCAGAUCCUGGACCAGCAUAACCCAGCAAGCGAGAAGUACAAGGGAAGAGUGCGAUUUGUGGAUGUUGACUAUAGCGACCUGAUAAGCGAGAAGGUGCGUAUUAUACAAGAAACAGCAGAACUUGCAGAAAUUUUGGGCCCCAGGUCACUCGAGCAGGAGCGCGUCGCCUAUGGAACGGAUUGUUAUAUCGCGGUCAGUUGCAACCUCAAUUAUCCUAAAUCUUUCCGAGAUAUGCUGGAUGCUUUUAGGUUGAAUAAUCCGAAAACCAUCAAGGUAUUCAUAGCAGAAGUAUCUUUGGCCUACAUGUCGCCUGGCCAUGCCGAUGACAUUAUUGCGACCUGCGGUGGGAUGCCGAACUCUCAUUUCCUACUGCUAGAGCAACUAACUCCAGCGGGUCCAAGUGAGCCAUUCGCAAAGCAAAUGUUGAAACAUUUUAAGAAGAACAACUCGCCGCUGCUAAGCGUGCAGAAGUAUUUUACAACCGAGGCGCAGAAGAAUAGAUUCAUCAGAUUAGGUUUUCCUCGAGUAAACGCUGGGAAUAUGUUCAAGCUGUGGCAGUGCGUCAAUCCUGCGGAAAGGCUGAAAGUUCAGUCUGUGGAGGCUUUCGAUGAAUUGGAGGAAUUCCAUCUCUUUUGCCACCACUAUCUCAUCUGUCAUGCCACAAACGAGAACAGCUUUGUCUUCGAAGACUUGUACAGGUUUGGUCCAUCGGCUCCUGCGGCAGAAAUAGAUGUCAAGCAGGAUGCCCAGUUUGAAGUGCUGAAUCAUUCAAUCUCCAGGAAGUUCGGUGCUUCAGCUGCCUUGGUACCGUACGAAAGGGACUUUGUCUUGUAUUUCGGUGGUAGCAGCCCCGGUAGACUCAAUCAACUGCUAGGAAUCGACGUUAAAACUGGAGCCGUUGUCAAUCUAGAGUGUACCAAUAGUCCGCGCGCAAGAAUGUGCCACACAUUGACGAGCCUUGGUGAUUCUAAAAGACUGCUGCUGGUUGGUGGCCGACAGAGUCCACAUGAUGGCUACGAAGAUUCGUGGUUUCUGGAUACUUCGUCCCGCAUUUGGUCCGAGGGUCCCAAGUUGCCGGAAGCGAGAUACAGGCAUUGCGCGGCUCUCGUCGACGACCAGGUCAUAAUAUGCGGUGGAGUCACCACAGGAGCACCGUUCCUGAGAUAUGACGCAAACGCCAACGCUUUUCAACCCUGUACAGCUGAGGGGCUCGAUGUCGACUGCCCACUCAGUUCGGCAGCGAUGGACUACAGUUCGGACGCCCAGCUUGGGAUCAUCGUUGGCGGUUCCACAGACGAAGUAAACGUCUCGGAUGCUCUGCACGUAUUUGCCUACCGGAACAACAAGAUACUGAUUCAAAAGACGAUCAGGCAUCCGCUGCUUCAAAGGUACGGGGCAAAAGUGAACUUUAUCAACGAUCAUGAAAUCCUUGUUGUCGGUGGCACAAGCCCAGAAAUGCUCUUCGGCGAGGACACCAGCGUUAUCAUUGUCGACCUCCAUACCGAGAAAAUUACUGGUGUCAGGCUUCACCGGGAAGUAUGGCAAGAUCAGCCACUAUUUCUUGUCGGCUGCGAACUGAUUGCGGCUAGUGCUGCCGAGUACAUAGUCAUCGGAGGAGGAGCUACUUGUUACGGUUUUGGCUCCGUCUACAACAACGGCUUCAAGAUAAGGCUCAGCAUGGGCUAA